AUGUGUAGAAACCAGACAGAUUGGGAUAGCCCUCUUCCAGAGAACUUGAGACCUAGAUGGAGAUGUUGGAGAAAUGAUCUUGAGCAGCUUGGUUCCUUGGAAAUCAAGAGAUGUCUAAAACUGGAGAACUUUGGGGAUGUUGUUGUAGCUGAGCUACACCAUUUCUCAGAUGCGAGCACUAUUGGGUAUGGCCAGUGCUCAUAUCUUCGUCUCAUCGAUGACAAGCAGCAAGUACACUGCUCCUUAGUUAUGGCAAAAUCCAGGGUCACGCCACUCAAGCCCGUAACCGUACCUCGUUUGGAACUUACUGCUGCGCUCAUUUCUGUUAAGGUCAGCUCCCAACUUCUAGAAGAGCUUGAAAUCAGUAAUAUUGUUGAAUGGUUCUGGACAGAUAGCACUGUUGUUCUUGGAUACAUUGCUAAUGAUUCCCGACGAUUUCAUGUUUUUGUUGCCAACAGACUUCAACAGAUUCGUGAUCACACAGAACCAUAUCAGUGGAACUAUAUCAGUUCAGCAGAGAAUCCAGCAGACAUGGCAUCACGUGGUGUUACAGCUGAUGAGUUACGAAAGAGGAAAGAAUGGUUCAGAGGACCCAAGUUUCUAUGGGAGUCCAGUUUACCAUUUACUGGUCAGCCUGUCAGCAAGCCAACUAUAUCUGACGAUGACUCAGAG